AUGGGCUGGUUCUGUAGGAUUGUCUGUCUUUUCUGGGGAGUGUUACUUACAGCAAGAGCAAACUACCAAAAUGGGAAGAACAAUGUGCCAAGGCUGAAAUUAUCCUACAAAGAAAUGUUGGAAUCCAACAAUGUGAUCACUUUCAAUGGCUUGGCCAACAGCUCCAGUUAUCAUACCUUCCUUUUGGAUGAGGAACGGAGCAGGCUGUAUGUUGGAGCAAAGGAUCACAUAUUUUCAUUCAACCUGGUUAAUAUCAAGGAUUUUCAAAAGAUUGUAUGGCCAGUGUCUUACACUAGAAGGGAUGAAUGCAAGUGGGCUGGGAAAGAUAUUUUGAAAGAAUGUGCUAAUUUCAUCAAGGUGCUUAAGGCUUAUAAUCAGACACACUUGUACGCCUGUGGAACUGGGGCUUUUCAUCCAAUUUGUACCUACAUUGAAAUUGGACAUCAUCCUGAGGAUGACAUUUUUAAGCUGGAAGAUUCACAUUUUGAAAAUGGCCGUGGGAAGAGUCCAUAUGACCCUAAACUGCUAACAGCAUCUCUUUUAAUAGAUGGAGAAUUAUACUCUGGAACAGCAGCUGAUUUUAUGGGGCGAGACUUUGCUAUCUUCCGAACUCUUGGGCACCACCACCCAAUUAGGACAGAGCAGCAUGAUUCCAGGUGGCUCAAUGAUCCAAGGUUUAUUAGUGCCCACCUCAUCCCAGAGAGUGAUAACCCUGAAGAUGAUAAAGUAUAUUUUUUCUUCCGUGAAAAUGCAAUAGAUGGAGAACACACUGGAAAAGCCACUCAUGCUAGAAUAGGUCAGAUAUGCAAGAAUGACUUUGGAGGACACAGAAGUCUGGUAAAUAAAUGGACAACAUUCCUCAAAGCUCGUCUGAUUUGCUCAGUGCCAGGUCCAAAUGGCAUUGACACUCAUUUUGACGAAUUGCAGGAUGUAUUCCUAAUGAAUUCUAAAGAUCCUAAAAAUCCAAUUGUAUAUGGAGUGUUUACAACUUCCAGUAACAUUUUCAAAGGGUCAGCUGUGUGUAUGUAUAGCAUGAGCGAUGUGAGAAGAGUGUUCCUUGGUCCAUAUGCUCACAGGGAUGGUCCCAACUAUCAGUGGGUGCCUUAUCAAGGAAGAGUCCCCUACCCACGACCUGGAACUUGUCCCAGCAAAACAUUUGGUGGAUUUGACUCUACGAAAGACCUUCCAGAUGAUGUUAUAAUGUUUGCAAGAAGUCAUCCAGCCAUGUACAAUCCGGUGUUUCCUAUUAAUAACCGCCCGAUAAUGAUCAAAACAGAUGUGAAUUAUCAGUUUACACAAAUUGUAGUGGAUAGAGUGGAUGCAGAAGAUGGCCAGUAUGAUGUCAUGUUUAUUGGAACAGAUGUUGGAACCGUUCUUAAAGUAGUUUCAAUUCCUAAGGAGACUUGGCAUGAUUUAGAAGAAGUUCUGCUGGAAGAAAUGACAGUUUUUCGGGAACCAACUACUAUUUCAGCAAUGGAGCUUUCCACUAAGCAGCAACAACUAUACAUCGGCUCCCUGACGGGGGUUGCCCAGCUCCCUUUACACCGAUGCGAUAUUUACGGGAAAGCCUGCGCAGAGUGCUGCCUUGCCCGAGACCCUUACUGUGCCUGGGAUGGCUCCUCAUGCUCUCGCUAUUUUCCUACUGCAAAGAGACGAACAAGACGACAAGAUAUAAGAAAUGGAGACCCACUAACUCACUGUUCAGACUUACAACAUCAUGAUAAUCACCAUGGCCACAGCCUCGAAGAAAGAAUUAUCUAUGGAGUAGAAAAUAGUAGCACGUUCCUGGAAUGCAGUCCAAAGUCACAGCGAGCUCUGGUCUAUUGGCAAUUCCAGAGGCGAAAUGAAGAGAGAAAAGAAGAGAUUAGAGUGGAUGAUCAUAUCAUCAGGACAGAACAAGGCCUUCUACUGCGUAGCCUUCAGCGGAAGAAUUCAGGCAAUUACCUGUGUCAUGCCGUAGAGCACGGCUUCAUGCAAACUCUUCUUAAAGUGACCCUGGAAGUCAUCGACACAGAACAUUUGGAAGAACUUCUUCAUAAAGAUGAUGAUGGAGAUGGCUCUAAGACCAAAGAAAUGUCUAACAGCAUGACCCCCAGCCAGAAGGUCUGGUACAGAGACUUCAUGCAGCUCAUCAACCACCCUAACCUAAACACAAUGGAUGAGUUCUGUGAACAAGUUUGGAAAAGGGACCGAAAACAACGUCGGCAAAGGCUAGGACAUACCCAAGGGAACAGUAACAAAUGGAAGCACUUACAGGAAAAUAAGAAAGGUAGAAAUAGGAGGACCCACGAAUUUGAGAGGGCACCCAGGAGUGUCUGAGCUGCAUUACCUCUACAAACUUCAAACAAGUAGAAACUUGCCUAAGACAAUAACUGGAAAAAAUGCAAUAUACAUGAACUUUUUUCAUGGCAU